ACACCGCGGCCCGGUGAAACUGGUUCGCCGUCGUCGCCGUGCAACACGCGCGCGCAUUCAGACCAUUCAGUACCGCCGAUACACCGGUUACGCGCGCAUAUGCGUCAUUUUUCCGGCCGUUUUCCGUCGACGCACGCGAGUCCCCCCGGUUCGCGUAUAUCUCCCGACUACGAUCGUACUGGGCCAAGGGGAGCGUCUGUGCGUUAGUGUGUUCGACAUCCCCCCCCCCCCAUACACGGAUAGACCAGCGAAAAACGAGGUGAAAAAUGAAAUAAAAACCCCGAUAAUAUUUUCGAUUUCCCGUCCGAUUAUCUGCCGCGGAGCGAUUGUGACCCGCGACAUUAACAUAGCGACGGAUUUCGCCCUCGCACGUGCGAGUCUCGUAACACGCGAUCGGCGGCGGUAAAGGAGAAAGUGCGCGGCGGUCGUAUAUGUGUGCCGGCGGCCACGGCGGUCGGCUACGGCGGCGGCGGUCGGACCGAUGUCCCGAGUCCUAGUCCCGCGACGUCGUACCUGCAGCGGCGGCGGCAACGGUGGUGGUUGUGUUGGUGGUGGUGGUGGUUGUGGUCGUCGUCGUCGUCGUCGUCGUCGUCGCCGUCGCGCGAACGGCGGCGGCGGCGGUGGUGGUCGUGGCCGAGGCGCUGCACCGGGAACGGCGAGGACUCAUGGCGGACGAGUGUCUGCGGCGCCGCGGUAGGCGCACCGGCGCGGCGGCCGUGGCGGCGGCGGUGUACAGCGGAGAUCAGCGACAGGCGACGCCGCCGUUUCCGUCCGUGUGCCGCCUGGUCGAGAAGUACACGAUGCUCAUCGAACGGCACCGGCAGAACCAGCAGAACGGACUGACGGCGGCCGUGCGCGGCGGCAAACCGUCGACAGACCGUUCGUCGCCGCUGCCGCCGCCGCCGCCGCCGCCGCAGUCCAAGUCGGCGGUACCGUCCGGCCCGGCUCUCGGCGACGACGACGCGGCUGCCUGGAACCGUCUGCUGAUGGACAACGGCGGAGGUGAAAACGAAAACGACGACGCCGACGAUGGCUACGGCUACGGAGACGACGACGAUUACGACGGCGGAGGUUGCGACCGUCGGUUCAGUAGCGUGUCGUUGGGCAGCAUCCAACCCGGUAGCGAUGAAGACGACAAGCUGACGACGAUCUCGGACGGCGGAGCCGAAGACAUGCUGUCGGGCGACGGCCGGCAGCCACAGCUACAGCAGGUGGUGGUCAGCCGGCUGGAGGUGAGCAAGACCAAGGUGAAGCGAAAGCGUCGCAAGUCGUGGACGGGGCCGGUGGGCCGGCAGGGCCAGGGCGACGGGACGGGCGGUCCGUGCCGCAAGGGCCACAGCCUGGACCAGGGCUACGAGACGACGCACCACCAUCACCAACACCGGGAGUUCGGGAGCAGGCUGCACCACCACCCGUCGCUGUACCGGUCGUUCAGCAGCAACGCGGGCGGCGACGCGGGCAGCGUGAUGUUGUACGACGGCUGCGGUCCGUCGGACGGCGAGACCCCGGUCAACGGCGCCGGUGGCCGUCAGUUCCGGACGCCGUCCGUGGUGGUCAGCGACCACUCCGAGGACCCGGUGUCCUUUUCGUCCAUGUUCACGCUUGACGACCUCGGCGAGUUCGAGUACAGGUCGUCCGCCGAUUGCGGGUUCAACGACUCGUCGUCCGAUUGCAGCGCGGCGAGCACGUGGAGCGCCGCGGGCAGUGUCAUCAGCGUGCUGGACGCAGACUAUUCGCUGCACACGCCCGAGCGCAAGAUAUCCGGAUGCAGCACGUGCAGCACGUUCAGCGGCGCCGAAGAUGACGACGCUGCAGCGGCGGCGACGGAGGCGUUCGGCCAGUCCAAACCGAAGCCAAAGUACAAUAUUGCUGACUGUUGGUUCGUAAUUCGUAUGAGCGUCAAAUUGUUUUUACGGUCAAAAAAAUAAUCAAAACGAAUUUAACACAUAAUUCAAUCCGAAUAUCGAAUCUCGUUCGAGGGCUGCUCAUACAAUGUGUGUACCGUUUUUUUAAGACUUAAGUGAACGCAACACCCAAAGGCGUAAUCAGAUUGUGUUACGAACGCUCAUCGUACCGAACUUGAAAUUGGCGUUCGGCAGAAUACUAAUUUUGUGGUGUUAUAUUUUCAAUAUUAUAGUGAGUUGACCUACCUCCAAACUUUAAAGUAACAAAACAUAUUUAUCUGUGUUUGUACAACAUUAGUUGUUUACUAUAUAGUAUAUUUUAACUUUUUUAAGAAAUUGGCGAUUUGACAUUUCUAAAUUGUAAUAUUUUACGCCGUGCUCAUACUCAUUUAAGAAUUAGAAAAGCGUAAAAAACCAACAUAAUAUUAUACUCGUACAAACUCAAAUGAUGUUCUUACUUUUAAGUUUGAUUAUAGGUUAAUUUACUCAAACAAUCAAACAAACAACACAAAAUUUACUGUACACAACAUAAUGUAAGAUGUAGAUACUUAUGAAUGUGGGACGUUCUCUUAACACGAAGUCGUGAUAGAUAUUAAAAUAUAAUCAUUACUAUUUUGCACAUCUCAACUGCAAAUUUUUUCAAUACUGCAAAUUUUUUUAACACUACUUAAAUUGUUGCCGUACUUGCAUAACGUUUCAAUUAUUCUGUAUAAUUCUAAUAAAACAAAAGGUGUAUUUUAUAAUUUAACCAUUUAAUGUGAAACGGUGCUGUUUAAUAUUUUGGGAUUAACUAUCAAAUAUUGUGAUAUAAUACUUAACCUAAAAGUUUUAUACUAAUAUUUUGUUCCUUAAUGACGAAUUUCCAAAAUGUUAGAUUGGUAUACUCUCCACUCGUAUGCAAUAAGUCAAUAUUAAGUUAUAUUUUCAUAACAACUUUGUUGAUUUAAAAAAUACAUCUGUGAUAAUUUUAUAUCACGUUUUUUUAUCUCAACGUACUGGGUAAAAUGUAGCUACAAAUCUACAGUUCCAUGACAUAUUAUUACACAUAAAUUUAAGAUUUGUUUUGUCCUAUUUCACAUGUUUACUAUACUUUCUUCUCAGUGGUUGUAAGUAAAAAAAAAAACCAAACCGGAAAUAAACCUUGUAUACAUUUUUUUUUUAAUCUAUAAGAAAUUACUCACUAUUUUAAAUGCACAAGUAGUCAGAUAAUAUUAUAAUA